UGUGUCCUAGUGGCUCGGUGGGGUUAGGGUUCAUGGGGAACACCCAUCACUGCUUCAGGAGUCAGGGAGUCAGCGGCUCCAUGGGGGCCGUCUGAGCAGAGAGGGGGAACAAAGCUGAUGGAGUUGGAGGCUUAGAGACCCCCCUGGUCUCGCAGAGCUACUACAUAUGAUGUAUCAUAAGUUAUAUAUUUAAUGUUAAUGUUAUUAUAUGAUGUACGAGGUAUGAUGUAUGAUGCAGCCCUUCCCAGGCAGAGGGUGCAGCUGGCCUUCGAUAAGAGCUACUACAUCGAGCCAUCCUUCGAGUGCCGCUUCGACCACAUCGAGAUCCGUGACGGGCCCUUCGGCUUCUCGCCGCUGAUCAGCCGGUUCUGCGGGGGGAAGAACCCGGGCCUGGUGACCUCCACCGGCCGCUUCAUGUGGAUCAAGUUCACCAGCGACGAGGAGCUGGAGGGGCUGGGCUUCAGGAGCAAGUACACCUUCAUCGCUGACCCAGACUUCCACCUGCACGUGGGGGGCCUUCUGAACCCCAUCCCAGAGUGCCAGUUUGAGAUGGCCGGCUCUGACGGGGUGAUUCGGUCCAGUCAGGUGGAGGAGCAGGACCAGGUGAAGCCAGGAGAGGCUCUGGACUGCAUCUGGAUCAUCAGAGCUCCACCCCAGUCUAAGAUCUACCUGCGCUUCAUGGAGUACCAGAUGGAGCACUCCAACGAGUGCAAGAAGAACUUUGUGGCAGUGUACGACGGCAGUAGCGCCAUCGAGAACCUCAAGGCCAAGUUCUGCAGCACGGUGGCCAACGACGUGAUGCUGGACAGCGGCGUGGGCGUGGUCCGCAUGUGGGCCGACGAGAAGAGCCGGCUCAGCCGCUUCCGCAUGCUCUUCACCUCCUUCGUCGACCCUCCGUGCUCAGCAAACACGUUCUUCUGCCACAGCAACAUGUGCAUCAACAACUCAUUGGUGUGUAAUGGGGUUCAGAACUGUGUCUACCCCUGGGAUGAGAACCACUGCAAAGAAAAGCGCUACAAGGGGCUGUUCCACCAGAUCACCCGGACCCACGGCACUGUCAUCGGGGUCUCCUCGGGCGUGGUUCUGGUUCUCCUCAUCAUCUCCAUCUUCGUCCAGAUGAAGCAGCCCAGGAAAAAGGUGGUGGCACGGCGGCCUGGCGUCUUCAACAAGGCAGGCUUCCAGGAGGUGUUCGACCCGCCCCACUACGAGCUCUUCUCCCUGCGGGACAAGGAGGUGUCCUCCGACCUGGCGGACCUCUCUGAGGAGCUGGACAGCUUCCAGAAGCUGCGGCGCUCGUCCACGCUGUCGCGCUGCGUCCAUGAGCACCACUGCGGCUCGCAGGCCUCGGUGGUUACAGGGGGCAGCUGUGGAGGCGGAGGUGGAGGUGGAGGUGGAGCUGGAGGUGGUGGUGGAGGUGGUGGUGGUGGAGCUGGAGGUGGAGGUGGUGCUGGCGGGGCUGGUGGGGCUGGUGGAGGCAGCAGCAGCGGCAGCAUGAAGCACAGCCGCACCACCCUGAGCUCCAUGGAGCUGUCGUACCACAACGACUUCUCCAAGCCUCCGCCCAUGAAGACCUUUAACUCCACCUCCAGCUACAAGAAGGGUUGCUACGGCUACAAGCAGCACCCCCAGACUCAUGGGUGUGACCAACAGGCGGAGGACCGCGUCCUGGAGGAGAUCCCCUGUGAGAUCUACGUACGAGGGGGGGGAGGAGGGGGGGGUACCGGAGGGGGAGGCAUCGGGGGAGGCAUCGGGGGAGGGGUCGGCCUGGCGGGAGGAGUGAGUAUGGCCAGUGCAAGCAACAUGGUGGGGGGCAUGGGAGGGGGUAUGGGUGGGGGCAUGGGAGGGGGUAUGGGUGGGGGUAUGGGUGGGGGCAUUGGAGGGGGUAUGGCUGGGGGCCUGGGAGGGGGUAUGGGUGUGGGCAUGGGAGGGGGUAUGGGUGGGGGCAUGGGAGGGGGUAUUUCUGGGGGCAUGGGAGGGGGUAUGGGUGGGGGCAUGGGAGGGGGCUGUGGGACCCUCAGUCUCCGUGGCAACAGCACCCGCAACAGCACCAAUGUGGUGGACCAGCAGCGUACGAUGUCCAUGGACUUCUAGGUGGACCAGGAGGGAGGAGUCAGGAAGAGGUCUUCAGGGGGGGAGGAGGAGUCAGACAGGGGGA